GACAAUAUAUAUUAUAUCUUGCUCGCCGGAGUUCAGACAAACAGUCAUAAUCGGUGACUUGUUUUUUCCUCUCUCCGACCACCGCGGUUAGAUAACUUCAUUUUCAUUUCUCUUCAUAUCUUUGUUUCAUGGUUCCUUCGGUAUCAUUGUUUCAUUGCUCCGGAAGUAGUUGAGUUCAUAGAGAUGAAUUUGUCUUGGGUUGUUUGCUGGGUGGUGGCGGCGGUGGUGCUCCGGCCAGUGUCUCCGUACGUGGCAGCAGCUGCAAAUAUCUCCACCUCAAGACCCGCCGUUGUGAACAUCGGAGCCAUCUUCACCUUCGAUUCCUUGAUUGGGAAAGUAGCUAAAAUUGCCAUGGAGCAAGCCGUCAACGAUGUAAACGCCAACACUAGCACCAUUCUUCAAACAACCAAACUUGUUCUCCAUAUGCAAAAUUCCGAUUGCGGUGGUUUUGAGGGCAUGGUUCAAGCCUUGAGGUUCAUGGAGACUGAUGUAGUAGCUAUACUAGGUCCACAAUCUUCUGUAGUUGCUCACAUAAUAUCACAUGUUGCGAAUGAGCUUCAGGUUCCUUUGUUGUCAUUUGCUGCAACAGACCCUACCCUCUCGUCGCUGCAGUUCCCGUUUUUUGUGAGGACUACUCAGAGUGAUUUCUAUCAAAUGACUGCAGUUGCUGAAGUGAUUGAUUAUUAUGGUUGGAAGGAGGUGAUUGCCAUAUAUGUAGAUGAUGAUUAUGGAAGAAAUGGUGUGUCUGCAUUAGAUGAUGCUUUAUCAGCCAGGCGCUGUAGAAUCUCCUACAAGGCGGGGAUUCGAUCAGGGCCUCAAAUUGACCGGACCGAAAUCACCAAUUUGCUUGUGCAAGUGGCGCUGAUGCCAUCUCGAGUCAUUGUUCUCCAUGUACUUUCUGAUUUGGGACUUACAAUCUUCAAUGUGGCGCGGUUUCUUGGGAUGAAAAAGGAGGGAUAUGUUUGGAUAGCCACAGACUGGCUCUCACCGGUUCUAGAUUCUGCAUCUCUUCCUUCUGACACAACGGAUUUUCUGCAGGGAGUGCUUGCUUUGCGCCAGCACACGCCUGAUUCAGCUAGAAAAAAAACAUUUUUCUCUAGGUGGAACAGGUUAACUGGUGGCUCUUUGGGGUUACAUUCUUAUGGCCUCUACGCUUAUGAUUCUGUUUGGCUGGUUGCGCGUGCGAUUGACGCAUUUUUCAGUCAGGGUGGGAUUGUUUCAUUUACUAAUUUGACUAGUUUACCUAACGAUAAGGAAGAUGGUCUCAACCUUGAUGCAAUGAGCAUUCUUGAUAAUGGAACACUUCUGCUGAAUAACAUAUUGCGGAAUGAUUUUGCUGGACUAACAGGUCAGGUGAAAUUUGAUUCAGACAGAUCUCUUGUUCGUCCCGCCUAUGACAUCAUUAAUGUGGUUGGGACUGGCUUUCGUCGGAUUGGUUACUGGUCCAACUAUUCUGGUCUGUCAAUUGUACCUCCUGAGACCUUGUAUGCUAAGCCACCUAAUAGAUCAAGUUCAAACCAGAACCUUCUAAGUGUCAUAUGGCCUGGAGAAACAACAUCCAAGCCUCGAGGAUGGGUCUUCCCAAGUAAUGGAAAACAAUUGAGAAUUGGUGUUCCUAUCCCUGUCAGUUUCCCUGAAUUUGUGUCCCCAGUGCCGGGAACAGAUAUGUUUAAAGGUUUCUCUAUUGAUGUAUUCCAAGCAGCUGUAAACUUGUUGCCAUAUGCUGUUCCUUACCGCUUUGUCGCAUUUGGAGAUGGCCUAAAAAAUCCAAGUUACACAGAACUUGUCAACCUAAUCACCACUGGUGAUAUUGAUGGUGCUGUCGGUGACAUUGCCAUUGUCACAAAUCGGACAAGGAUUGCAGAUUUUACGCAGCCAUUUGCUGCAUCUGGGCUUGUUGUGGUGGCCCCUUUUAAGAAGAUCAAUUCUGGCGGUUGGGCUUUCCUGCAGCCUUUCACUCCUUUUAUGUGGAUUGUGACUGCUUGUUCCUUCAUUUUCGUUGGGGUCGUUGUAUGGACUCUAGAACACAGGAUAAAUGAUGAGUUCAGAGGUCCACCUAAACAACAAAUUAUAACCAUUUUGUGGUUUAGCCUGUCAACUCUAUUUUUUUCCCACAGAGAGAAUACGAUGAGUACUCUUGGUCGCAUUGUGAUACUUAUGUGGAUGUUUGUGGUUUUGAUCAUUAAUUCCAGCUACACUGCAAGUUUAACAUCCAUACUCACGGUGCAGCAGUUAUAUUCUCCAAUCGAUGGAAUAGAUAGCUUAAAAGCUACUGAUGAACCUAUAGGGUUCCAAGUGGGUUCAUUUGCGGAACGUUACUUGUCUGAAGAUAUUGGAAUAUCCAAAUCUAGACUUGUUCCCCUUGAAACUCAAGAAGAAUAUGCCAAAGCACUCGAGCUAGGGCCUAAUAAAGGAGGUGUUGCUGCUAUUGUUGAUGAACGACCCUAUGUUGAAAUCUUCUUAUCAACUCAGUGCAAAUUCAGGAUUGUUGGUCUGGAGUUCACAAGAACCGGCUGGGGUUUUGCAUUCCCUCGGGACUCCCCUUUGGCUGUGGACUUGUCAACUGCCAUUCUACAACUUUCUGAAGCUGGUGAGCUGCAGCGGAUUCAUGAUAAGUGGAUGACGCGGCGCACCUGUAGUUUAGAUAACACUGAAAUUGAUUCAGAUCGGCUUCAACUUAAAAGCUUCUGGGGUCUUUUUGUCAUUUGCGGGAUGGCUUGCUUUAUUGCCCUUAUCAUAUAUUUUUUGCAGAUUAUGUGUCAGUUAUCACAUUCUGCUCAUUCUGAUUCUGCUGUAAUUGCUAGUCCAAUUCGAAGAUUUCUCUCACUCAUUGAUGAAAAAAAAGAUACAUCAAGGAGUGGGACAAGAAAGAGGAGUGGAGAAGAAAGCUCACUUGAGGAUCAACUGGGAAGGCAAUCAAAGAGGAUACAAACAGAAACAACAAUUGAGUUCAAUCAAACUAUUAAGUAAUAACCCCCUUUUUAUGUCCUUGAUAAUAUGUAUAUCCUUAGCCUUUGUGCUAUUACUGUAUAAAUUCCAAAUUUUAGAGCAUUGCAAAUGUUUGUGUUUAUAAAACUAUUCUUCUUAGGACGUGAAUAUUGAAACAAGUGGGAGUCACUGAAGAUACAUCUCCAUGAUUGCGUUUC